AUGAUCAGCAACACUCACCAUCAGCUUCGACCAGGAACAGACGCCGAAGUCAGGAGGAUCCAUCUCAGGUGCAGUUCCUGGAGGAGGUGGUGGAUCCCACCGAGGAGCCGGAUCCACAAACUGUGGAAAAACAUGUACACACAAAGCAGACACCACAACAAAAACCACAGUCAGCACAAGCACAACAACAACAACAACACAAAAACACCACCACAACAACAACAAAAAACACCACCACAACAAAACAAAACACCUCAGACUAAAGCUUCAGAGUUCAGUCCCUCCCAAAAGGCUUUUUGGGAGGAUAUCAUAGAGGAGCUGACACCAAGCAGAGAAGUAACAUCCACACCGAUCAGUAGACCAGGCCUGGGCAAAACAGCUCAGGUUCAGAGUCAGAUUUUGGGAGAUAACACAGAGGGGGAACUCCAUCUCAGCCCCACUAAUCCGUUUAGAGCUUCUCCAAAAGAACAAAGGACCAAGCGUCCUGUUCACGGUCAGACUCCACUCCACACACCACACACAGAAACACAACAUGACAAACAAAAUGAGAAACAAACACCUACAAACACUACAACACAAUACUCACACGUGGUGGAAGACCAGGGCACGGAGCUGGACACUACUCCAGGUCUGUCCCCUAAAAAAAUCUGUGUCACCGCCCAGGUACACAGAGAUCCUGUUGAAACACAGAAAUCCCCAUUGGAGCUGUACAGGGAGCUUCUGGAGGUUUUGGAGGAAAGCUCUCCCUCUCCCCCAAAACCUACAACAUACAAACCGAAAAGACACAUAAACACAGACAAGAAAAUGACAGACUGGAGCCUGACUGUAACCAAAAAAUGGCUGUUCAUUGGUGACUCCAACCUGGCCAGGAUGCCAAUGCACUCUAUUCCAGACCUGCAGAUAGACAGCUAUCCAGGGGCUAACUUUCGCCACGCACAGGGUAUUUUGUCCAACGCAACCAGUGAGGUGACAGUGGAGAAAGUGCUGCUCUCAUUUGGUCUGAAUGCUAGAGCACAAAAAGUGAAGGAGACAUCCACAAAGCAGCUACAAGCAGCAGUCAGAUUGGCAAAAAUUAAAUUCCCAUACGCAGAAAUCUGGAUCCCAAAAAUUAACUACUCUGCAUUCCUACCGACCCAGGAAAAAUUAAAUCUGCAACUGCUGAACGCCUACAUAUUCAGGAACAUGCCGUAUAUCGACUCUCUUGAAAGAGACAAAUUUCUGACAGAGGUGGACCACAUACACUGGACAAGACCAACAGCUAAAUUAAUGUUUGACCACUGGGUCACUCAUUUAAACUUAAAGGCCCCUUAA